UUAUUUAAUUAUGGUUUUAAACUGUGAAAGGAAUGGGCCUUUUUUCAUCAACUACUUGAUGAACCUGUACAGAAGUGAAUGCAUGCAGGAAUUAGAAACCGAAGAGUAAAAUGAAAAAUUGCGAACAAAAAUAAUUCAAAUGGGCUGGAAAUGAUUGGGGCAGACAAUAUGUUUUGUCGUUUUUCCUAAACAUGGCAAUAUGACCAUAUGAGUGCAAAGAAAGCAAAUUCCAAUAAGACCAAUAAAGCGAAAAUAUGUGAUAUUCGGUUUUCGAAUCUUCAAAGAUAGCAAAAAUGUAUUCCAACCUUCUGAUUACUGGAGUGCACACUACUAUCAUGUGAAUACAACACAGAAAUGGUGACUGUAGUGCUGAAGUUUCUGGGUACCCAAAUAUGUCAGACGCACACACUGAGACAAGCCCAGCUGCUGCGUCCCAGGAUGCUGCGAUGGGUGUCGACAUUAGACUACAGUAUGGACCAGGGUCAGAAAGAGAAGCAGUUACUGCAUGGCAUGCUGCAGAAGAAGAAGGAACACUUCAAGGAGAGUGGGCAGAUCUUACUGAAGGACAUCAAGGAGACACGUGACAAAGUGAAGGAGAAGAUGGAGGAGAUCAUUGAGCGAGAGAAUGUGCUGACCAUCCCAAAUUUGCUGUGCAUAUCACGGAUUGUCAUGUCACCAUUCCUAGGAUACUUCAUUUUGCAGUCUGAAUACCACUUGGCUCUUGGACUGUUUGUGUUUGCUGGUGUGUCUGACUUGCUGGAUGGGUGGAUUGCACGCAAUUUUGAGAGCCAGGCAUCCAAAAUUGGUAGCUUCUUGGACCCCAUGGCAGACAAGGUUCUGAUAGCAACAUUGUUCGGCGCACUCACGUUCAUGGACUUGAUACCAGUGUACCUCACUGGAGCGAUCAUCACAAGGGAUCUCCUUCUCGUUGCAGCUGCUUUCUGUGUGCGCUACAAGUCACUCCCUCCUCCUAGAACGCUGAGCCGGUACUUUGAUGUGACUCAUGCAACAGCCCAGCUCUCCCCAACAGCCAUAAGCAAAUGGAAUACAGGUAUGCAGUUGGUGCUGGUUGCAACCACACUGGCAGCCCCAGUCUUUGGCUAUGUGGACCAUCCUGUCUUGCAUGUCAUGUGGUACGUUGGCAGAUACAUCUUCCUUUUUGCCAGUAUGCCUAGUUUGAAGCAAGUGACUGAACAGACAGAAACUGCUGGUAUCUCUGCUAGUAUAGUAAGCCUGAAACAUUAGUACAGUGAACAUUAAAAUAAC